AGAUUAGAAUGUAAGCAAUUACUUUCUUUGGAUAAGUCUUCUUCCAUGUUUUAAAACCAAAGGCGAAGAAGCCUGCGCGCAUUGCAGGCAGUAGGAGAGAUGCAGACCGACACGGACUAUGGAGCUUUCAUGGGUAAAUUCACGCUACCUCCACCUCUUCCAUGCCCUUCUCCUCAUCAACUCCCCUUGAAUGCCCUCACUUUUGCUGUCAAAGACAUAUUUGAUGUGGAUGGAUAUGUGACUGGGUUUGGGAAUCCCGACUGGGCGAGAACUCAUUCGCCGGCCACGGCGAUGGCUCCGGCCGUUUUAGCCGUUUUAAGAGGAGGCGCCACUUGUGUUGGUAAAACUGUCAUGGAUGAAAUGGCAUACAGUAUAAAUGGGGAAAACAUACACUAUGGCACACCAAAAAAUCCAUGUGCGCCAGAUCAAGUGCCUGGAGGAUCAUCUAGUGGAUCUGCUGUUGCAGUGGGAGCAAGGCUUGUAGAUUUCUCUUUAGGUACUGACACAGGAGGAAGUGUGAGAGUCCCUGCAUCAUUCUGUGGAAUUUUUGGAUUUCGGCCUUCACAUGGUGUUGUGCCUACAACUGGAGUUAUUCCUAUGGCACAAAGUUUUGAUACUGUCGGAUGGUUUGCCAGGGAUGCUGUGACCUUGAAUCGAGUUGGACGCGUGCUUCUGAAAUUGCCUGAUCUAGAUCCGGUCAACCUGAGUCAGAUAAUCCUCCCAGGAGACUGUUUCCAGCUUCUAAGCAUUCCAACUGAUCGAGUAACUCAAGUUCUUGUUAGAUCAGUUGAAAAGUUGUUUGGAGGUCAUGUUGUUGAGCAUAUGACCCUUGGAAACUAUGUUAAGGACAAAGUUCCAAGUUUGAAGACUUUCAUGAGUGAAGGGAAUGAUGAUCAAGUGUAUAAUAUACCAUCUUUGGUAGCUCUUUCAAGUGCCAUGCGGUUGCUCCAAAGGUAUGAGUUCAAGAGUAACCAUGGUGAAUGGGUUAGGACAGUAGGACCACAUUUAGGUCCAGGACUAUCGGAACGAGUAUGGGAAGCCAUUAGGACAACAGAUGAUAAAAUUGAAGUUUGUCAAUCUGUGAGGACUGAGCUACGUGCUGCUCUUACUGCUCUUCUUGGGGACUUUGGUAUCCUUGCGAUCCCUACGGUACCUGGGCCUCCCCCAAAACUACAAAUGGAGAGUUCCACACUGGAAAUCUUUCGUGUCAGGGCUUUUAGCUUGCUUUCUAUAGCUGGGGUUUCAGGAUUUUGCCAGGUGAGCAUACCAAUAGGGCUGUAUGACAAUCUGCCUGUGGCAGUUUCCUUGUUAGCAAAACACGGUUCGGAUGGAUUUCUUCUUGAUCUUGUUGAGAAACUCGAUAACACUCUCAAAGAACAGGUUGAAAUGGCUGAGAAAGCAAGCUACUGAAAUUACAUAUAAUUUCCUUCUUGCUUGAUAGUCUCUCUUGUACAUUUCCUCCUUAAAUAACACAAAAUUUACUAAUCAAUGUGACUAUAUUUUCCUCUUUCA